AUGAAGGUUAUGAAAUGAAAUUAUACAAGAUACCUGAGAAAGAUCUUGAUUCAGGCGACAAUAGUCAGGAAGAUGAUGGUGUUUAUUAUUUAAAGUAUUUAGCACAUAUUAAUCCAGAGACUAAAAGAGGCCAUAUUUUAACAAUUGAUUUUUACAAAUAA